UGCCUGGCCGGGGCUCCCAGGCCGCCGCCGCCGCCGCGUCCGGGCCCCGCUGCCGCCGCCGGUCGCUGCGCAGGUUUGGAACGCGCGCCAUUUUGUGAGCGAUAGAAAAUCUGCCCGGCCAGGAAGCGCCGCGGAUCCGCCCGCCGGGUCGGGCCCCCCCUGAACUCCCCGCGAGAGGGAGGCGCGCUGCGGGCUCCCUCCGGGGCCGGGGCCCCGCACCACACCGGGGCCCGAGGGCGGCUGGGCUGCGGAGCGGAGGUGCUGCGGGGCCGGGGCCCCUGACCGAAGAGGGGGAAGCGCUGUGCCCUGCCGCCUCCCCGGAGCUUGAGAGAGGAGGCCUCUGCCGGGAUCGGCCCCCCACGGCAGGAGACCAGUGGCCACCCCCCCAGCCCGUGUUGUGUUUUGCUGCUGGACUCUCCCCUGCCACCCACCCCCACAGGAUGAUAUGAGACUUGAAAGAAGACGAUGCAUACAGUGUGAAGUUAUUCUGAGUGCACCAUGAGAUGAGCUGUGGAAUGACAGAUGUCUGAAAUGUUAAGGACUGGAAGAUUCUGAGCCACUGAGGAGAGACUUCAGCAUGCAAACCUUCAUCUGUUCGGCUUGCACCGUCAUUUUCAUUCCAUGCUGCUGGCCUUCAGAUGGCUGGACAGAUGUCCCAUUCACAUCAGCAGUACAGCGAUCGUCGGCAGCAGAACAUAAAUGACCAACAGGUUUCUGCCUUAUCCUACACUGACCAGAUUCAACAACCUCUAACCAACCAGAGGCGGAUGCCCCAAUCUUUCCGUGAUCCAGCUACUGCUCCCCUGAGGAAACUCUCCGUUGAUCUGAUCAAAACAUACAAACAUAUUAAUGAGGUUUACUAUGCAAAAAAGAAGAGGCGGCACCAACAGGGCCAAGGAGAUGAUUCCAGUCAUAAAAAGGAACGGAAAGUUUACAAUGAUGGCUAUGAUGAUGAUAACUAUGACUAUAUUGUAAAAAAUGGGGAAAAGUGGAUGGAUCGUUAUGAAAUUGACUCUUUAAUUGGCAAAGGAUCCUUUGGGCAGGUUGUAAAGGCUUAUGAUCGUGUGGAACAGGAGUGGGUUGCUAUUAAAAUUAUAAAGAACAAGAAGGCUUUCCUAAAUCAAGCCCAGAUUGAAGUGCGGCUUUUGGAGCUUAUGAACAAACAUGACACUGAAAUGAAAUACUAUAUAGUGCAUUUGAAACGCCACUUCAUGUUCCGAAACCAUCUCUGUUUAGUUUUCGAAAUGCUGUCCUACAACCUCUAUGACCUGUUGCGGAACACCAACUUCAGAGGUGUCUCACUGAACCUGACACGAAAGUUUGCACAGCAGAUGUGCACUGCACUGCUUUUCCUUGCGACUCCUGAACUUAGUAUCAUUCACUGUGACCUAAAACCUGAGAAUAUCCUGCUCUGUAACCCCAAACGAAGCGCUAUCAAGAUUGUUGAUUUUGGCAGUUCUUGCCAACUUGGGCAGAGGAUAUACCAAUAUAUCCAGAGUCGUUUUUAUAGAUCUCCAGAGGUGCUACUGGGAAUGCCUUAUGACCUUGCAAUUGACAUGUGGUCCCUUGGGUGUAUUUUAGUAGAAAUGCACACUGGAGAACCUCUCUUUAGUGGAGCAAACGAGGUGGAUCAAAUGAAUAAAAUAGUGGAAGUUCUGGGUAUAGCACCUGCUCACAUUCUUGACCAAGCACCAAAAGCAAGAAAGUUCUUUGAAAAGUUGCCAGAUGGCACUUGGAACUUAAAGAAGACCAAAGAUGGAAAAAGGGAGUACAAACCACCAGGAACUCGUAAACUUCACAAUAUACUUGGAGUUGAAACAGGGGGACCAGGCGGACGGCGUGCUGGGGAAUCGGGUCAUACUGUAGCUGACUACUUGAAGUUCAAAGACCUCAUCUUAAGGAUGCUUGAUUAUGACCCCAAAACCCGAAUUCAACCUUAUUAUGCCCUGCAGCAUAGUUUCUUUAAGAAAACAGCAGAUGAAGGUACAAAUACAAGUAACAGUGUGUCUACGAGUCCUGCCAUGGAGCAGUCGCAGUCUUCAGGAACCACCUCUAGCACAUCUUCAAGCUCAGGUGGAUCUUCUGGGAUAAGCAACAGUGGAAGGGCUCGGUCAGACCCUACACAUCAGCAUCGACACAGUGGUGGACACUUCACUGCUGCUGUCCAAGCUAUGGACUGUGAAACACACAGUCCACAGGUUCGACAGCAGUUUCCUCCUCCACUUGGUUGGACAAGCACUGAAGCUCCUACGCAGGUCACCGUUGAAACCCAUCCAGUUCAAGAAACCACCUUUCAUGUAUCCGCUCAGCAACAGAAUGCAUUACAUCACCACCAUGGGAAUAGCUCCCACCAUCACCACCACCCCCACCACCAUCAUCAUGGACAGCAAGCCUUGGGUAGCCGGACCAGGCCAAGGGUCUACAAUUCUCCAACAAAUAGCUCCUCCACCCAGGAUUCUAUGGAGGUGGGCCAUAGUCACCACUCCAUGACAUCUCUGUCUUCCUCAACUACUUCUUCCUCUACAUCUUCCUCUUCUACUGGUAACCAAGGCAAUCAAGCCUAUCAGAACCGCCCAGUGGCUGCUAAUACCUUGGACUUCGGACAAAAUGGAGCUAUGGACAUGAAUUUAACAGUCUAUUCUAAUCCACGCCAAGAGACUGGCUUAGCUGGACAUCCAACAUACCAGUUUUCUGCUAAUACAGGUCCUGCUCAUUACAUGACUGAAGGACACCUUGCAAUGAGGCAAGGAAUUGAUAGAGAAGAGUCUCCCAUGACAGGAGUUUGUGUUCAGCAAAGUCCUGUGGCUAGCUCGUGACUAAACUGAAACUAAGUUUGUUUCUUGUGUGUUUUUAUAGAAGUGGUGUUUUUCCAAAAAACAAAGUGCAAAGCUGCUUGAAUCAGAAGGAGAUAAACUCACUGAACCGCUACAGGAGGGCAAAGCUGACUAUUUUUUUAAACUUGAAAAAGAUUGCAAAGGGACAAUGAAAGUUUUUUAAGAGCCAUGUCCAAACCCACCUUAAUGGAUAGCUUAAAGGUGUUGUCUCACCUUUUGCUUCCCCCUUUCCCCAUUUUAAGUUGUCACAACCUAGUCAUAAAUUUAUUUUUUCGUCUCCUUCAACAGGGGUUAAUGUUCAAACGUUGGUCUUAGUUGCAAAUUUUUUUUUUUUUUAAAAGCACUGCACAUGAUUUACAUAAAAGGACCCUUUGAGGUUGGUGGGGAGGGAUUGAGUAAUAUGGGUUUUUUAAGUUCCCCAAAUACACAUGGGCACAGAAAUGGAGUACUGUAAGGAAGAGGGACCUUCAGAUUACACAAUAUAUAAUAUUCAGCUGUAAAAAGGGACAGUUGUAAAGGAGUUUGUAAGGCACAUUAAGCAUGCUAAGUGGCGGUGAUCAGAACUCUCCUUAUCUGAAUCUACUGAGGAUCAAAGCAGCAAUUAUAAUGGGAUUCUGUGUGUCUCAUAUUUUGGAGACCACAGUCAGCUAGUAUUGGAAUAUGACUGGUCUCAUAACUAAGGUGCACUGAGAAGCAAUCAACGGGUUGGUCCUGGCCAGUCUUGGGGAGGUCUUAAGUGGUGGUCUUUGGGAUAACCUUUGGCCUUAUGGAUUUGGACUCUUAAAUUAGAAGAGCCUACCAUUUCAGAUGCAAUCACUUUUGGACAUGCUUUUGCAGACAGUCCUUAAUGCUGAAAACAGAGAAUGGGUAAUUCAAGAGGCCUUUCUUUUAAAAUAGACUUUUGUGACCCACUUAUUGUAAGGUAUUGCAAGGUCACUUUGCGUGUGUCAUAAAGUUGACUUCCUUAUUGGUUGAAGGUCACAGAAGUAGUGGUUUGCGUUUGAUGGAAAUAGCUACAACUGUGUCCCUUCCUGCUUUUUUUACUUUUUUCUUUUGCUUUUUCUCGGCACGUGGUUUCUCCACCAUUACUUCUGCACAAAUAUGUCUUCUGUUCAUUCUGAACAUUUUAAAAAAAUGCAGAAUUUUAUGUGACUGCUUUUUUGCCUCACAAUUAUGCUGUGAAUUUUACAAAAAUUUAUUUUCUUUUUUGAUAAUUUAUUGUACCAAAGCUGUUUUUAUAGCACAUAGAUGUCUGUAACCAAUAAUGUAGCAGUUCUGCACUUUGACACAAGGUGUAAUUAGACCAUUUUUAAAUGUCAGUUGAAAAUUAUGGCUGUACUAUUGCUUAAACAAAACUGGAACUGUUGUUGAAUUCAUAGCCAAUACAUUUACAGCAAUCUGUGUACUGAACAUAAUAGAUUGACAUCUAAUUCAAGACUGUAACAUCUGUUACAUUAUAAAUGUAUUCAGGCUUCUGAAGGUAAAAGGGACAUUAGAUCCAGAAGCUAUGAAACCAGCAGUUGAUUCUUGUAUUCCCUAUUAACAUAAAUGUGAACUUGAAGGCAAGACCUCCAUUGCAUGAACAGGUCCAAAACAAUAGUAUGAGUAAAGCAAAAAGCUCUUGAGAGACCUGAAGUUAGCAGGCUGUAUUUAACAGGUGCCUAAUUUUUGGGUUAUGCUGCCUUAAUAUAACACAGUCAGCUUGGCAGUUGCUAAAUUUAUGGGCCCACAUAAAGAUUUAUAAAUAUUAUGAAUAAAAACUCAGUGAAUUAAAGUGAAAAAUAAGGGUAAUUCAGCAAUUACCCAUCCCAGAACAAUGUUUGCCCAUUAGAUAUUACAGAAGCAGUGAUCUACCUCUGCCAGUAAGCCCUUUAGAAAGGUAAUUCAGCAGAAGAAUAUUGCAUACUUGUACUGGUCAAUUCCAUGUGGCUGGCUAGGUCAGUUGUGGUUUUUUGGUUUUUUUUUUUUUUUAACAAGUUUUUUUUAUUGUUUUCUUAUACUUAACAAUGGCAACACAGCAGCUGAAUACUGUGUAAAUGCAAAUGAGAACUUGGGGUUUAUCAGUUUUUGUAAAUCACAAUUUUUUUUAAUCAAGGGAUCCAUAUUUCUUUUGUAUUGACAUGUCAAGCCUGUGAAUGAAAGUAUUUUUGAACUCAGUAGUUCAGAAAAGUUUACAGCAAUUGAAAUGCUGUCAUCUUAGAAACAGAGCACUGAGUUUAGCAAUAUAAAAAGGAAUCCAGUACUUACUGCUGUCUAGAAACAUAAAAGUAAUAUAAAAUAUGGGUAAUUUUUCCUGUGUUGGUUGCCACACUUUAGCAAGCACCAAAAAUUAAAGCCGUUUAAAAAAAUAUUUACAUAAAGAAACAUAAUAAAAUCCAAUGCUUCUGCAUACUGUGUUAUGUUACAGUCCAGUUUUGUGUGCUUUACUACACAGUUUGGUUACAGGACUUCUGUGCAUUGUAAACAUAAACAGCAUGGAAAAGGUUAAAUACCUGUGUUCAGAUUGUAAGAUCUAGUCCGGACUUGCUGUGUAUAUUGUAACGUUAAAUGAAAAAGACAAGCCCUUUGUAUUAUAGUCAUGCAGUCUUAUGUAUGAUAAACAGUUGAAUAAUUUGU